GGGGGGGGCUCCUCCUUUCCAACGUACGUACACUGUACGUGCCAAUGUGCAAUCAAAUCGAACAUCUUGCUAAGAUGGCCUCGUCGAAGAACAUAUAAGGUGCGCUGGGGAAAGAGAGUGUAGACACGCCUCUCUUCCCCGCCGACCUCUUCCUUUCCCCCUCUUUCCCAUCCUCGCUCGCGCCACAUCACCCAACCCAGUCGACUCCUUCCGCACGAUGCGCUUCCUCCUCUCCGCUCUCACCCUCGCUUCGGGCGCGUUCGCACUCAGCCCAACAGCUCCUCAAGAUGCCUACUCGUGCGUCCGAGCAGCUCCCAAGCUAUCCUGCACCGCAGAUCCAGUCGUAGACCCCACCUCCUUCGGCACGUGCUGCUACAACGGAGCUCUGCAAGCCGGUUUCAAAGAAUCUGGAUUGGUCCUCGCCACUCAAUUCUGGACCAGCAAUUCUCACGUCGGACAAGGACCCAACAACAGCUUCACCAUUCACGGAUUGUGGCCCGACUACUGCGAUGGUUCCUACCCUCAAUACUGCACAAAAGACAGCGGUAUUCCCGAAUUCGACGGUGCUCAGAUCAAAGCUCAAUUGGCUCAGUACGCUCCUUCUACGCUCAACUACAUGAACACCUACUACAAGGACAUUUCGGGAGAUGAUGCUAGUUUCUGGGAUCACGAGUACAACAAGCACGGAACCUGUUUCAGCACCUUGAGAGCAAAAUGUCAAAUCCCUACGCGCGGCAUGAACCAGACUUCUGCUGCUCUGGUGGGCUAUUUCGAAGAGAUUGUUAGGCAAUUCAAGAGGCUGCCAACCUACGACUGGCUCGCUUCCGCCUCCAUUCUUCCAUCCAGCACGACGACGUAUCCUCUAGCCUCUAUUCAAAAUGUCUUGACGAGCAAGCAUGGAGGUGUUCCGUACAUCGGCUGCAACAAGAACGGCACAUCCCUCAGCGAAGUUUGGUACUACUAUCAUACUAGAGGUCCCUUGAUUCACGGCUUGUACCAGCCUACGAACUCUACGACGAAGAGCAGCUGCAAGAGCGAUGUUCAGUACCUUCCCAAGCUCCUGUAGAUGCUUCGUCAAACAUGCACCUCGCGUCGAAGAGACUUUGUACAGAAAAGAGUCUAAACGGCGUUUCCUCUUCUGCACGUAACGCUCCACUUUGCUCCGUACGCACACUGCUGCAGCCGCUCGGCCCCCUGCUUCAAGUAUUUCGUUUGCUCGGCUUUCUUGCAGGUCAAAUUCAGUUUUUCCGAAU